UUUAUAUACAAGGAAAGUUUGACAAAUUAAAAAAAAAAACUCAAAGGAAGCAAAAUAAAAAAUGAAUGUUAAAUAUUUUCAAGAAGGGCUCGACAACCUCAUGUACAGCGGCAUAAAACUAAGUCCAGAGCAAAAGAUUUUAAUUGGGAAUUCUUUAAUAGUAUUACAAAAUGAAAAUCGUUACGCCGGUAUAUAUUUUUGGGGACGUAUCAAUGGUACCGCAAAAGACUAUUAUAUAGCAUUUGGUUACACAAGAGAUUGUCUAAGGGAUCGUAAAUAUUUCUUUAGUAUUGAUGGCUACCAAUGGUUAAUGUUACCAUUUGUACAUAAUCCAAAGACUUUUCAAGCGACAAUAGUGUGUCGUCAACCAUUUUCUGGCGAUCCUAGCCUUAUAACAACUGUUAAACUAGAUCCCUUAUUUGACAUAGAUGCCAAUCAAAUCAUUUCUGCCAGCCUACCGGAAGAAAUUUCACUUAAAGAAGAGGAGCGUCUUGCUGCAAUUGUUUUUAUCAUCACGGAGGAAUGUGCCAUUUGUCCACGAGGAUCUUUGUACAAACUAACUGAUGGCUGUGUUGUUCCAAACCAAAUGUUUCGCGGCUUAAAUGAUUUACAAUGUGAGGAUCUUUCCUAUUAUCAAAUUUAUCGUUUGCCAAGAAAUGAUCUCAAAAUGAACCUAUCAAAACGCUCCGAUUACAAUUAUCCUAUAGACUUUUUGGAUUCCAUUGAGUGUGUCACACCUAAAGGGCAGGCAUUUUCUUUAAAUUUACAGCAAAAUGAAAGUUUAGUCAUCAUUAAAUCUUGUAUUUGGUUGGGAAUGACAUUCUUUCAUAAAAUUACCUCAUCUAAGCAUGGUUUUCUUUAUAUUGGCGAUGGAAAGAAAAAUUACGACUUGUUGUUCAUGUUUUAAUUCAUAAAUAAUCGUAUUACUUUCAUUACAUUAAAUAUUUCUCUGUACAUUUAUACAUACUUUUUUAUAAAAUGUUGAAUUGUUAAAAUAUAAUUUUUUAAUCCUUUUGUA